UACUUCCACUUCACAUACGGGACGCGAGCGCGACCACCGUAUAUUGAAGAAAAAUAAAGUGGCUGUGUGGCAGGCGUGAGGAGGAAUUAUAUAUAACGUGCAUUUACGAGACAAGUUUGCACUCUUCGAAGUUAACUCGCUAAAUUUUGUUCAUUAGGUCGGGCACUGCCAGGCAACUCCCCUCCUCUGUUUUUGGUAUGAGCCUCACUCCAGCUGAUCGGCCUUGGCUACUGUGCGGACUAUCGGACUAACCGCGGCCGUGUUCACUCAGAAUUUGUUCUGUAUAAGCUUUACCGAUUCAAGCGGCCGCUCGUGUCGGCACGGACCCCGUUCUAUUAGUACAUUUGGACCACAGGUCAUCCAUUGAAGCGGAUUUUUGGAAAUACAGCUGGUCGAGAAACCUCCCACGACGAAUAGGCCUCUUUCUCAUCCCCGCUCUCGCCUGGCUUGAUCUUCCGAUUGGAGCCAUGGGUGACACAGGCAGUGAACGCAGCAAGCCACCCAGUUUACCUCCCCGCUGUCCCUGUGGAUUCUGGGGGUCCAGCAAAACCAUGAACCUCUGCUCCAAGUGUUUUGCUGACAUCCAGAAGAAGCAGCCUGAUGAGGACUGUGCCCCAGACACCGCCCCCAGCACCAGCAGUAGCCAAUCAGCAGUCUUCUGUAGCGAGAGCAGCAGCAGCAGCAGCAGCAGCAGCAGUAGCCAAUCCCUGUCAUUGGUGCCUGUCAGCUGUGAUCAGCCAUCAGUUGAAGAGACAGGACCCACACUUCCCAGCACACAGGAGGGGGUCUCCUGUACAGACACAGCCCACGGUACACUCUCCACACCCACAAAACGGCCCUGCGACCCAGCCUCCGAGUCGGAGAGCGAGGCGUCGCCGCAGAAACGGGCGCGGCCGGACGGCGAGGGGACGGGCGGGGGGCCAAAGCAGAGGAGCCGCCGGCGUUGCCAUCGCUGCCAAACCAAGCUGGAGCUGGUCCAGCAGGAGCUGGGGUCCUGCCGCUGCGGUUACGUGUUCUGCAUGCUGCACCGCCUCCCCGAGCAGCACGAUUGCCUGUUUGACCACCUGGGGCGUGGCCGCGAGGAGGCCGUCCUCAAGAUGGUCAAGCUGGACCGCAAGGUGGGCAGGUCGUGCCAGCGCAUCGGAGAGGAGUGCUCCUGAACGUCCGCCCAGUACUCAGAGAGAAAGAGAGAGAGAGGACAGGAGGUGUUUGGAAUUCAUACCCCCGCCCCCAGUUAUCCUAAGCCACACCCACCUCCGUACAGUUCUCCAGUGCAGCCCUGUCCCCUCCUGCAAGCGAAGCCCAGAUCCUGCCCAGGAUACAGCCACUUGGAACCCAGAACCCCAGUCUCCCUGGUCCCACCUCUAGUCCCAGUCUAGUCCCGAGAUUUUCAGGGCCACCCCAUCCCCUCCCAGUCCCCCUCACUACCCCACAGCCUUAGCCCUCCCAAGUGUUUAGCAUGGAUCCAGAAACCAGAAUGCGUUUGUCUUGUGACCCAGCUUUGGAGCCCAAGCCAGGUGGAAGUGUCGGUGGCUAGUGACAUCACCCUGCCUGGCAGACUUUCAGACACACAUGACCGCUCGCGUCCAGGGAAUCGUGGUUUGGCCUUUAAACUUUGGUCACAUGGCACCCCAGUCUCUCCCUCGUUGGGUCCUCGAUCUUCAGCUGGUCCUUCGGGAAUAGCACACACACCCCGGUCCUUGUAAUCUCUCCCUAGUUAGCGUGAGUAGGGUAGAGACUUGAGGCUCGUUCCACCCCCCCGGUCUCAUUCUACCCCCUCAUCUGUGGCACUCCCCUAGCAUGUCAGCAGGUGUUUCCGAGUGGGCCUAAUGGAGUCCACUGCAGUCCUGUCCUCUCCCUGUUUGCCGUUUGGUGACAGUCUCAGACCACAACUGACAGCUGACAGAGAACUGCCUGUCUCAGACAGGCACAGAAGGGCCCUGCUCUCUGUGUCGCUCUGGGACUCCAAACCUUGAAAGUCUCUAUCCACCUGCUGGCUGUCUCGGAGCGCGGCUGCUCAGCUGCAGAUGGCUUAGCGCUUGGA